UAGUGCUAGUGUUGUGUAUGGAGAGUGAAGUUUGAGACCUAGUUUUAUGUGCACGUGGUGGUUCACUUUUUAUUUCUUCGCUACGUUACCCUUUUUAACGCGCCGAUUAAGAGUCGCGCGUAUCGUGCGGUACCCUUAAUAAUUUUUGUAAGGAGAUAUCGACGAUCGGUUCGUAUCGAAACCCGAAUUUUUUCUUUGUUUCUAUUUAUUUAUGCGGUUUCGAGGAAUUUUUUAGUUAUCGGUGAGCCUCGCUACCAGUACAGGGUGAUUUUUGUUAAACGCGUUAUCUCAUUGGUUUGUCCUAGUUCUUUAGGAUUAAUUUUUCUUAUCUACUUUGUUGUUACGCCGAGUUUAAGCGAUUUGCGAAAAUAUUUAUUAAUAUUGAAAACAACUCGAAUAAAAUCCAGUGUUGAAGGUGUAGUUUUAACAAAAAAUUCGCCUUAACUGGUACCGUGUAACUUUAUUUUAAUACUAAUUAUGAAAAGUUUCCAUAAUAUUGUAUGGGUCGCAAAAAAAAAAAACGUUUUACGUUGUUUUUAAAAAGGAUUUCGUUUGUUUUUGGAACCUCCCUCGUAUCUCAAUAAAAAAUAUUGUAUCCCAACGAGUUGGAAUGGAAAAAUGAGCGUAGUUUUCGUGUUUUUUCUGCGUUUCUUUUUUAUUAUUUGAUUUUUUUCCUUAAAGAUUUCUGUUGAAUUUGAAAUUAAAAAUUCAGUCCUUAUCCAAUAACGUGGAUUUACAUAAUAAUAAAGAUAACAAUGACCUCUCUAGAUAAUUUUAGAAAUAUAUUCUAAACAAUACCACUACGGAAUGUAAUUGCGUCAGAUACUAAACACAUUUCUAAAACAUCUGAUAGUAUUUCGAAAUAACUUGGAAUAGAAAAAAAAAUAUAUAUUUUUAGUUUCAUAAUCAUUCUUUUUACUAUUGAAAUAUCGAGGUUCUUAUUAGCGAACUUUUCCUCGAGUUUACGAAUUUUUCACGCGUUUAUUCCUUUUUUUCUACAACUAUUAUUUUCGUGUCAAGAAAAAAUCGAUAUUUCAAAUGACAACCCUGUAAAAUUUUAGUAACUUUUAUAUUUUUCGCGCUCCCCUCGUUUUUCGGUUCUAGAAAAUCGAAAAUUUAUCCGAUUUUGAUUAUUUUUUUUUAAUCGUUUUUUACAAAACGCUGUUCAUUUAUUUUUUUGUUAGUCUACACCAAAAACCGAACAUUUUGAAACGAAAAAAUUUGAAAAAUGUUUGUUUAUUCAUUUUCUAUAUCUAACAGUCAACUUUAGUAAGAUAAGUGAUUUUGUUUGUUUUUUUUUUGUGUAGAUUAUGAAAAAAAAAAUCUAAAACCUUCAUUUGAUUAUUUGGAAAAAAGUUAUCAACAAUUACACGCGAUCGAGUGAAUUUUCAUGAACAUUUAAACCACUAAAAACAAUACAAGUUUUCAUUUUUUUUCUUAUUCUCAUAAUUUUUUUCAUAAAUCCGCAAAAUUUUUAAAAAAAAAAUCAUCGAAAUCGGAGGAUUUUUCGAUUUUCUAGAGCCGCAAAAACGAGGGGACCGCGAAAGUAUAAAAUUGACAAAUUUUUUUGUAAACUACUACGACUUUCACCCCGUAUAUUUGUCGCAAAUAAGAAACUGAAAUAAUCCAAUGUGGAAAGUUACUUGGACGCAUAUUUCCUCAAUCGAUUCGUGUCGAAAAUAAAUCGAUAUCCCGAAUAAUUUCGAAAAUACCAAUUUUUUUUUAAUACAAAGCCCGUCGUUGUACAUAGACCGAUAAGUAAUGGUUAAUAUACCUACUUCGCCUAAAAACUAUCGCAUCACUGAUCAUUAUAAUGAUAAAUGCGUUGACCAAUCUGUAAAAAUUGUCCCGCACUUUUUCAAAAGGGUUCAAAUCCGGACUAUGUGCGGGACAGUCUAAAAUUACAAUCCUCCAUAUGUGAAAUCUCCUCCAAAAUUCGUUAUUUCGUAUGGAAAAUACCCCAAAUCUUGAUCAGUUAAUGACGUUUACUCUAUAGCUCUAAUCUAGCAUUUUUUGAAACGUUUUUCCCAGCUACUUCUUGUCGAAACGCGAUAUUCUUUUGGCGAAGCGGAUUAUUAACCCCAAUAUUUUCCUCAGUUUCGAAUAAUGAAUCGUCGUGAACAGACAUUCCAAUAAUACAAAUGUCAAUAACCGUGUAUUCGAAUAAUUUACCGGCCGCGCCGAAAAACGAUUCCGUAGUGGUGUUCGGUAUAAAAAAGGAACAUCCCUCUAUCGUGUCACCAUCUAUCGUCGACCAAUCGAAUAUGAAAAGGAGAUGGUCCGGUUCGCAAACCGUACGAAUACCGUCAUCGGAAGACAGUAAUUCCGAAGUAACAUCUUCGACUUUGAUUAUGUCGCCGGCUAAUUCGUUGGCUUCCACCGAUAUCGGAGAUGUUGAUUUGGAAUUUUUCGAUCUCGAUUUGAAUCAUCAAGGACACAGGAAUUUGAUUUUGCCGAACGGAUACGGAAUCGCCAUUGCGGGACAUACUUUGAUGAAAAGUGAUACGAGUUCGAUGUCGGGUCGAGAAGAUUUAUCCCCACCGAGUAGUUUAAACGGAUACAGUGCUGACAGUUGCGAUUCCAAAAAGAAGAAAGGGCCUACGCCACGGCAACAAGAAGAAUUGUGUCUCGUGUGCGGAGAUCGAGCUUCCGGGUACCACUAUAACGCGCUCACGUGUGAAGGUUGUAAAGGUUUCUUUAGGAGAAGUAUAACGAAAAACGCGGUAUAUCAGUGUAAAUAUGGGAACCAUUGUGAAAUUGAUAUGUACAUGAGGCGAAAAUGUCAGGAAUGUCGAUUGAAGAAAUGUCUGAGCGUCGGAAUGAGGCCGGAAUGUGUGGUGCCGGAAGUGCAAUGUGCCGUAAAACGAAAAGAAAAGAAAGCCCAAAAGGAAAAGGAUAAACCGAACAGCACGACGAACGGAUCGCCGGAUCUUAUCAAAAUGGAACCGGAACAGUCGUAUCUGGGUUUGUUUCAGCUUUCGGAUACUGAAAAGGGCACGACAAACGGACUCGUCAAAGCUAUAUCGCCCGAACAAGAAGAACUCAUACAUCGACUCGUCUAUUUCCAAAACGAAUACGAACAUCCUUCGGAAGAAGAUGUUAAACGAAUUGUGAACGCUCCAAUGGAAGGGGAGGACCAGUGUGAUGUUCGAUUUAGACAUAUAACCGAAAUAACGAUAUUAACUGUACAGCUGAUCGUGGAAUUCGCAAAAAGGUUACCAGGGUUCGACAAACUUUUAAGAGAAGAUCAAAUAUCGCUUUUGAAGGCGUGUUCCAGUGAAGUAAUGAUGUUCAGGAUGGCUAGGCGAUACGAUUACAAUACAGAUUCCAUAUUGUUCGUCAAUAAUCAACCGUAUUCGAGAGAUAGCUACAACCUAGCUGGCAUGGGAGAAACUAUCGAAGAUCUGCUGCAUUUUUGUAGAACGAUGUAUUCGAUGCAAGUCGAUAACGCCGAAUACGCAUUGUUAACGGCGAUCGUUAUUUUUUCUGAACGUCCGGAUCUGAUCGAGGGUUGGAAAGUGGAAAAAAUCCAAGAGAUUUAUUUAGAAGCUUUACGGGCUUAUGUGGACAAUAGAAGAAAACCGAGACCCGGAACCGUAUUCGCGAAACUACUUUCCGUAUUGACCGAACUGAGGACGUUGGGUAAUCAAAAUUCGAAAAUGUGCUUUAGCCUCAAAUUGAAAAACAAAAAGUUACCCCCGUUCUUGGCGGAAAUAUGGGACGUCGAUUUGAAAACAUAGUCUACAUGACCUCCCCGGAUAACCCGGAAAGGGUGGUGCUACAAAGUUUCAACUGUCCCCUUAUUAUUAUUUUUAUUUUUAUUAUUAUUAUUAUUAUCGUUGUAUAUAGGACAAGAAACGGACAGGAAAUUAGUAAGAAGUUGGCACCAUCAAGCUGGCUGUGAACAAUAUUAUAUUAUUCUUUGUUUUUUUUUUUAUUAACUAACACAACGGCACCUAUAGAGAAAGAGAGAGAAAAAAACGUUAGAACCAGACGUAAGAAUCAAAUUAUAACGUAGAUUUUUUUAACGAAACCAAAUAGAAAAAAAAAAAAAACUUUUAUAUAAGAACCUUUCUUGGCGAAAUGCUUACUUAAAUUGGUAAGACUGGACAGGACUGAAAUAAAAAUACCAUUUGAGGUGCCUUUCCGCUUUAACACGGAUACAAAAAGUCUGAGGACUGUGGUGCAAAACGAAAAAAUAAGAAGAAGAUUAAACGAAAACGUGCAAUUUGUUAGCGCACCGUAUUCUGGCAAUGGGGGCGGAAUUGCUUCGAGAGAUAUUAUAAACCGAAAUUUAGCAGCAGCCGUCCGAUUAAGAUUGAUAGGGAGAGAGAGAGUGAAGUAGCAACAAUUCGGAAAUAUAUACAUAUAUAUAUAUAUAUAUAUACAGCGUGCUAUUUUCGACGCGUGCCGUCGCAAGAUUUUUUUUCUUUUCUUUUCUUUUCGAUCGGAUAUUCACGGCACCGCCGUCUUUAUAAUUAAUAAGUGCGCAUUAAAACAAAACGACAUAACUUCUUUUCGAUAGACUAUAUCCUGCCUUGAAAAACACUAUUUGAUGUUUAAAUUGAAUGUGUAGUUGAAUAGUCUACUCAUUUUUUAUACGAUAUAGUUUCUGUCAUUUUAGACGUUUCCGCAGCUGAAUUAGAACAAAAAAAAAAAAAACGAAUCAAACUUCAUUUCGAUUACCCAGGUACGAAGAAAUCACUACUAUAGAUUUAUAUAACUUUACGGAUAUUGUACUUAUGGAAAUUUACGUGAAUUAUUGACCGAUUUGUGUUGCUUUUAGGUCGCUUCAGUAUAACGAAUAUCUAUUUUGAACCUUUGAUCUAAAUAGAAAACGAAAUGUUGUUAAAAUUAAAUCAAUUAUCGUAGGGUUACAGACCAGUUUCGAGCUUUUGGAGACUCGUCAGUAUAAUAAUAAGUUCGAUAAAAAACUCGGCUAUUUAUUUUCUAAUAAUCUUCAAGAUGUUUUUCAUUAAUAGCAUCGAAAACUAUUUAAUAUGUCAUUUCUACUUUUUAUUUCAAAUUAAUAUGAGUUAUAGAUCGGUUUUUAAACUUACUAGGUCUCAUCAGUGUAAUAAUGAACUGAAUUAAAUAUUUUAUUUCAAAUAAUAGUCGAUUCAAACUAUCGUAACAAAAAGAGUUGUGACCGAUUUUGUUCUUCUUAGAUCUCGUCAGCGUGAUGGACUAGAAUUUUUUUUUUUUCGGAUUAUUAUCGAUUUUAAAAGAUUUUGGGAACAUUAUUUCUUGGUUUGAUAAGAGAAACAACUACUUCAAUGGCUAUUUCCACUACUAAUAUUGAAUUAUAUAUUUUUUAUCAGAUUAUAUUAGGCUACGAAUGAUUUGUGUGAGUUAUAGGACGGUUUUGGUCCUCGUCAGUAUAACAAAAAAGUUUUUCUAUUUAGAAUAUCCAAACGAAAUAUAAAACGCAUUAAAAUCAGUUUAUUUUCUUUUUUUUAAAAUUUGGAAACUGUUAAACACGCCAUUUUUAUUUGCACUUGUAAAAUUUAAUACGAAUUAUUCAUACUACAGACCGGUUUGGAUCUUUUUUGAUCUCGUCAGCAUAACAUGUUAAUUUUUUAUCAAGAAUGAGUGAAAUUAAUACAAGAUUCGACUGUUCAUGUUUUCUAAUGUCUUUUAAGGAACGUUUGGGACUAUUAAUUUUUGUUUAAGCGCAACACUCGUUUGACAAAAACGCUUUUACAUACUAAAGUGGCGAAAAUAUUUUCAUUCGUGACUUAUAAAUUAUUAUUUUGCAUUUUUACUAUUGGCUUUAAAACUGAAUGUAAAUUAUUUAAUUUACAGACCGGUUUGGAUCUUUUUUGAUCUCAUCAGCAUAACAUUUAUGUUUUUUUUUUCGGUUAGAUUCAACUUAUUCAACUACAGGUUCCGUCAAAAUUGUUGCAACUAUAUAAAAUAUUACUUUAAUUAUAUCUUAUGGUACCUGGGUACUAAUUAAUUGUAUUCAAAAGUAUUUAAUGAAAUGAUGGAGAUAUUAAAGUUUGGUUUGAUUUUUUUUUGAACAUUUAAUAAAUGCAUAUAAACAUAUUUUUCAUCGAUUGUAGAUAAACAUAUUUUCAUAAAAAAAAAACGAGACAGACGUAUUUUGUUGAAACACAUAUAAUUUCAGCGCCAUCUAUUGCCUUAAAAGUCCAAAUAAUUUUUUUUAUAUAUAGAAUACUUAUAUAUAUAUACAUAUAUUUAUUAAUUUUAUAUAAUUUUGUUUUAUUUGUAAAUUAUUUAUUGUUAUUCAUUUUCAAAAUUAAUUUUAUAAAUAUAUUCUUGCCAAAAGGGCAUUACGGCACUUGGAAAUUGAAUUUUACGCCCUUUUGCAAAAAUAUAACGUUAAAUUUAAAUAAUUUUAAAACUUUUAAAGUUUAAUUAAGCUAUUCUAUAAUAAAUAAUAAUAAAAAUGAUAUUUUUAUAAUAAAAUUUCGAUUUUUCAGUAUAGAUUCGAAAAUAAAAAAAAAAUUAUUAUUCAAUUAGAAAAAAAAUCUAUUGCAUAAAAUGCACUAUUAAAUUUUUUUUUUGUUCGGAAUUUGGAAACAAAAUUUUUUAUAGAAUAGCGUAAUUUUCAAAAUUGGACUUGCAAAAAAUACAUAUUUAUUUACUCAGGAGUCAACCCCAUACAUAAUUCGAACAGGUUAGAAAAAAUAAAUAAAUAAAUAAAUAAAAUGCUAUGGGAAAUAUUUAUAUACUGUAUAAAAAGAAUUGCCUGUAAUUUUACAUAAUAUAAAGAAAGUUGUUGGCUGACAAAAAAAAAUUGUUCGAGAAAUAUUUAAUAUCUAUUUUCUAUUAGUAAGAGACUCGCCCUGUAUUCAAAGCAAGCGUACAAAAUAAUAAAAUGGUACAAACAUUUCAGGAACAUAAAAAUGGAAAUUUUCGAAUAGUCACUCAGCAGUCGGUUGACUCCUUUAGUCUAUAGUUUUGAGUCAAGUCAUCUUUCAAAAAUGUAUUUUUUCACACUUUCCACACCAAAAAAUUUCUCAUUUCAAUCAUUGCGCAACCUCGAAAAUCGUCAGCGGACGACGCGCGAUCAAAAAAACUCCAAAUCACAUCGCUAGAUCAUAAAAAAGGUCGUAGGAUAUCGCUAGAUCAUAAAAAAAGGUCAAAGGAUAACGUUAGAUCAUAAAAGAGGUCAUAGGAUAUCACUAGAUCAUAAAAAAGGUCAUAGGAUAUCACUAGAUCAUAAAAAAGGUUAUAAGAUAACGCUAGAUCAUAAAAGAGGUCAUAGGAUAUCACUAGAUCGUAUAAAAGGUCAUAAGAUAACGUUAGAUCAUAAAAAAGGUCAUAAGAUAACGUUAGAUCAUAAAAAAAGGUCAAAGGAUAACGUUAGAUCUUAAAAAAGGUCAUAGGAUAACACUAGAUCAUAAAAAAGGUCAUAGGAUAUCACUAGAUUAUAAAAGAGGUCACAGGAGAUCGCUAGAUCAUAAAAAAAGGUCAAAGGAUAACGUUAGAUCAUAAAAGAAGUCAUAGGAUAUCGCUAGAUCAUAAAAAAAGGUCAUAAGAUAACGUUAGAUCAUAAAAAAAGGUCAAAUGAUAACGUUAGAUCAUAAAAGAGGUCAUAGGAUAUUGCUAUUUCAUAAAAAAGGUCAUAGGAUAUCGUUGUUUCAUAAAAAAAGGUCAUAGGAUAACGUUAGAUCAUAAAAGAGGUUAUAGGAUAUCACUAGAUCAUAAAAAAGGUCAUAGACUAACGCUAGAUCAUAAAAAAGAUCAUAUGAUAUCGCGCGAUCGGAAAAAAAAGUAUCAUCGUACAAAGCGUGAAUAGAAAUAAAAAAAUCGAAAUCGCGCGACCGCAAAAAAGGUCAGUAGACAACGCGCGAUCACUGAAAAGGUCAGCAUACAUCGCUAGGUCUUGAAAAAGGUCAUAGGAUAUCGCUAGAUCAUAAAAAAGGUCAUAGGAUAUCGCUGUUUCAUAAAAAAAGGUCAUAGGAUAACGUUAGAUCAUAAAAGAGGUUAUAGGAUAUCACUAGAUCAUAAAAAAGGUCAUAGACUAACGCUAGAUCAUAAAAAAGAUCAUAUGAUAUCGCGCGAUCGGAAAAAAAAGUAUCAUCGUACAAAGCGUGAAUGGAAAUAAAAAAAUCGAAAUCGCGCGACCGCAAAAAAGGUCAGUAGACAACGCGCGAUCACUGAAAAGGUCAGCAUACAUCGCUAGGUCUUGAAAAAGGUCAUAGGAUAUCGCGCGUGAUCGGCAAAAAAUGCAAGGUACAAGACGCGAUCAAAAAAGAAAUCAUCAUAUAUCGCGCGAUCACUAAAAAGGUCAGUCAAUGCCUUGUAAUCACAAGAAUUGUACAACAAGCGAUCAGUUUCCUGAGGUCUGCGUAAUUCUGUAAUCCGCGCACAGUAAAGUGAUACUUUUAAAGAAAACUGUACAUAAUCAGCAACGUAUAUUUAAUGGUAAAAUUGUUUGUUAUUGAACGACAUAUUUGGAAGAUGAUAAACUCAAAUUGAUUUGUAUUCACUGCCAGCAGUGACUCUGUCUCACACCACUCAUGUUUCAUCAUCAUGUUUCACUUGAUGUACGUACGUUCGUAGGUUUCCUUUGAUAAUGAUUCGACAUUCGAGUCGUGUAUGAGAAUUUUCAAAUUUUCCAUCAGAAACGAGUUUGCGUAUCGAUACAAAUAACAAUUUUAUACAAUGGACGAAAUAAAAAUUGAGAUUGAAAUUAGUUUAAUGUUGGAAUUUAUUGUCAAAGGUCCCUACCAAAAAUCCAUGCAGUCUGCGUAAUAAAAAGUUGAAUCAGUGACUUUUUAUAAAUAAUAAACCUUGUAAUUUAAAUUAAGUGAAUAUAUAAAAAAAAAAAAGUCUAAGCUCGGCACAAAUUUUUUAAUAUCAAUAACAAGUUGGAGAAUACAAAAUCGAUUUUUUUCUAAUGUAUUUAUUCCAUUAUUGUUAGCGUAUAAAAAAAAAAAACGAAAUGUUGUGAUUCGAGUGAUGUAAAUUAUUUCAUAAAAAGUGUUUUUACCUCAACCGAGUAACGGAAAAAAAUUUGGUUUUUCGAAAAUCCUGUAUCCAGUUUAUUAAGCAAAUAAGAAAUUUAGAAAGUUUGGGAACGAUCAGAGCAUCAUAAAAAUUACGUUUUUGGGCGAUUUUCAUUAAUUCGUUUAAAUAAAUAAUUACACAUAUACAGGGUGUUCCAAAAAAAACUUGUAUCAAAUGUUAUAAUUAAAUAACAAAAUUUAGGAAAUUCGGAAACGAUUGAAAAGUCAUGAAAACGACGUUUUUGGGUCAUUUUCGUUGAUAAAUUUGUAUAAAUCACAUACACAUAUACAGGGUGUCCCAAAAAAACUUGUACCAAGUUUUAAAAAUAAAAGAAAAAUUGAAAUAAAUCGAGGAUAACAAGAGGGUCAUAAAAAUUACGUUUUCUGACGAUUUUCAUUAAUUCAUCUAAAUAAAUUACACAUAUACAGGGUUUCCCAAAAAAAACUUGUAUCAAAUUUUUUGAUUAAAUAAAAAAUUGAGAAAACUCGAGGAUGAUUAAUAGGUCAUAAAAUUUGAGUUUUUGGUUGAUUUUCGUUGAUAAAUUUGUAUAAAUCACAUACACAUAUACAGGGUGUUCCCAAAAAAAACUUGUAUAAAAUUUUAUAAUUAAAUAACAAAAUUUUGGAAACUUAGAAACGAUUAAAAGGACAUAAAGACGAAGUUUUUGAGUGAUUUUCGUUGAUAAAUUUGUUUAAAUCACAUACACUUAUAAAGGAUGUCCCAAAAAAAACUUGUACCAAAUUCUAAAAAUAAACGAAAAAUUGAAAUAAAUCGAGGAUAACAAGAGGGUCAUAAAAAUUACUUUUUUGUAACUUUACUUUGAUAAAUUACAUUCAAAAACAUACAUGGUUGGUUAAAAAUCUUAUAUGGGAACUUUUUUGUAUUUUCUUAAUGCCAAAAUUGGCAAUGAAUCGUGUCUUGCUCCAAAAGGGUUCAAAAUGAGUUUCUGGACAAUUAAAUUUGAUCAUAAUUAAAAUAGAGAUUUAUUUAUUUAUAACAUUUUGAGUUAUUUAAAAAACUAUCGAGCAUAUAAAAUUUUUAAUCCGUAUCAAAAUACAAUUUUCAUUACUCCAAACUAUCGAACUUUUCAAAAAUAAUUCAAUUUGUUUACAAUAUACCCGAUAUCGUGAAAUUUCGAUAAGAAAAAAAAUUUUUUCAUAAUGAAUUUCUUCACAGUGAGUAUGGCCGCCUUUAUAACUAGUGUAUGGUCACGGUAACUAAAAAUUUCUACGUUUUGAUUCUAUUCUAUUGUCUCCCAAUCGUAUAUUAGUAGUUUAAAAUCGUAAAAAUUCAAAUUACUUUCAUGUUAAUCGACGAUUUUCGUUGUAGUAAUUUUUAAUUUUCAAAAAUCACUUUCUUAUAGACUGCGUAGAUUGUGCCUUACGUAUACCGCCUUACUAAAAUUUAUUUCUAGUAGCUCUUUGUUACGAAAUUCAAAAGUCCAAUGCAUUAAAUUAGAACCACCAAUAAGCGUGGUGUGCGUUAAUAUACACGUAGACGAAGUCGUAUCUUUUCCUCAUACCCUCGUAGUUACAACGAAUUUUUAAAUUUGUGACGUUCUCUAAUUUGAAACCCUUCUUCUAUGCUAUUGCCUCAAUUUCACGUUAAAACACUUUUCAUGAAAUGAAAUACUAAAAACUUUUUAGAUUUUGUAUCUCACCCUGUAUAUUUGACACUGCCAAAUUUUUUGGACUGCCAUCGUGCUAACUGUAGAUUUUUUCGUAAAUGUUUGUCUGUCAUAUAGAUGUAAGGAUAAGCUAAAGACUGCAUGGAUCGUUAAAUUUAAUAACAAAAAAAAUAAUUUUUAAACGACUGUACUGUUAACCAAAUUUUUUCUUGGUAAGCUAAAUAAAUUAUUAAAGUGAAAUAUAAUGUCGUGCUAUUGCAUCAUGUUUUGUAAAUGAUUAAGAUUGCAGUUAACAUCAGAUUCUUGCUAUGGAAAAUUCGAUAACCUCAUUGUCAAAAUUAUAUAAAAAAAAACUGAUCAACACAUAAAACAAAAAAUUGACGAUGUCAAAAAUAGAUUAGCAACAGGAACUAAGCUAAAAAUAGAUUAGAAAACAGAAACAUUCUAUUUAUAAACUACAAUUCAACGACAAUGAGGUUAUGUAUUAUGUUUGGUUAUACUAGUUUUGUUAAUUUCAUUUAAAACCUCCGAAUGCUAAGAAAUCGUUACAUACGGUAUCAAACUAUUCCAUUUAAAGUAAUAUUUUAAUUCUACACGAAAUUUUAUAUCUACCAGUUAUUUUCUCAGUGAAAUUAUUGAAAUAAAAAUUUAUAGAGAAAAAUUUUAUAGUAACAAUUUUGUUUGGUUACUUCUAUUAUCCACUUCUAAUUAUAAAAAAUUUACUUACCUUUAUUUAAAUCCGAUUUUUUUUCACCAAGAAUUGAAUAUUAAUUGCCAUAAACUAGUUAAAACUGCUAACAACAAAAUCUGUUUAUCUAGUGAAAUAACCAAUUCUCGGUUAGCGUCCUCACCUAAUAUUAAAAUGGGAAUGGCCCGUGUCUUUGUUUUUGUGUUCCGUGCAUUUUACACAACUUUCCAGUGUUGUCAAAUGUAUUCAAAUUAAUUACGUAUCAGAUAUUCUAAUUUCUUUUUUCGCACUAAAGCGAUAGAAAUAAAAAUUUUAUUUUAUCAAUUGGUAUUAAUAGCGUCUCUUCGAUUUCCCAGUUUUAAUACUUUCAUGUCAAAUUUGGCAUCAUUACAAUUUUAAUAUAGAAAAGGAAGUGAAGGUUCUUAUUAUUUUAUCGUUUGUUUUCUAUUAAAUAUCGUGAAAUUUGAUGUGAUAGAAAAUUAGGUAAUUGUUUGAUAUAAUUACAAAUUUGAACGAUGUUUAAAUUUAAUUUAAAACGUGCCUGUAUUAUAAAUAAAAUAUACGUUAUUAUAUAGGUCAGUGGUAAUAAAUCGACGCCAUUACGAAAUAUAUAAAUAGACAACGUCACGGCCGUCAUAUUCUUACCAUUUCCAAACAAAGUUUGUGAGAUAGAGUGUUUUUUUUGAAAGUUAUUAAAAAAGUGUUUACUAUUGUAUAAGAUGAUAACGUUUUUUGUGCUAGAAGGUAUUUUUUUACAUAGCACAAACGCAGUAUAUUAUUUUAUUUGGAAAGUGAUCCCUGACCCACGUUAACAAUAGCGGUGUGUGACGUCAGCACUACAAUAUGGCGGUAAACGAGCUAAAUUUGAGGAUUUAUUAUCAUUUCCUAGUAUAUUGGUGUAUAUUUUAAUAUACGGAUAUUAAAAUGAUUUUAGAUAAUUUUAUAUUUUAGAACGAUUCUUCCCAAAUUUGUAUAUUAGUUUUUAAAUUAUAUUAGUGUAACGAUCUCUUAAAAAGUCCUUGUAUAUUAAUGUAUAUAUCGUGGUAAUACUGAUUUUAGUCACUUUGUUAUAACAUACAGAUUUAUAAUUCAAUUCUGUUAUUUAAUAUCUCUUAUGUCCAAGCAGGGAAUUUAAUAUUAUUUACGAUAAUUUUGCUACGUUUACAAGUUACAAUGAAUAAAUUCCAUAUCAUUCUUCUCAUUUACAAAUAUCAACGACAAAAAAGGAUUUUCGUUUGUCACCGUAUUUUUAUUAGCGAUGUUUACAACGUUGCCAGAUGUAUCGUAUUUUAUGUUAUUGAUUGGACACGUGUUUGUUACAAAAUUAUCGUGAAGUAUUUUGGGUUUUUUCUUUUAAAUAAAAUUUACGUUACGUAACCCUGCUUUCACAAUAGAGUUUCAUUCCUACGAAGAGUGAAUACCUAUAUUUUAGAAUAAUUGAUAAAGUGCAAUAUGUACAAAUUUUACUAAUUUACUUUUUUAUAUAUAUAAAUAUAUUAAUUAUUAGGUCUGUAUAUCAAGAUUUAUUAAAUAUAUGUGUUAAUUUUAUACAGAUGAAUACUGAGUGGCAGUAUUAUGAAUUAAAAAAAAAAAAAGUUGGUGAUCCUUUGACAAAGACGCCAUCGUAGAUGGUUAGGAUACGUUUAACAGCCAUAUAUUGUAUGUUUCAUUAGGUAUCAGACAUUUUACUUAACGUAAAUCGGCGUCGUAUCAGUCAAAAUAACUCAUUUUUUAUGUUCUAAUAUAAAAUAUAUUUUUAAAUAGUUUAAAUGUCAAAUUGAAAUGUACAAGAAAUAUUUUAUAUACUUCAAAAUCUCACAUAAAAACUAGUACCUAUAUUAUUUAAAAAGGAAUGUUUCUUGUAUGUACAAAAACCUAUAGUUUACUAUUGUACAGUGUUAUUUACAUUUUAUUUAUUAUGGCUGCUGAACGUCACUGGGCCUUAUCACAAUUGACCUGCAACAUGACCUGUACUAUAAAUCGAGUGAUGUAUGCAAUGACAUGUUCGAUUAUAUAUUUUGUGCAGUAAACAUUAAAAUAGA